ACCCUUAAAAAAAAAAAAAGAGACUAAACCCUAAAAAGAGUACAGUGUAUUUCUCAAAAUCGCGGCUCUCACUUGUACCAUCUUCAAUUCAAUGGCGGAUUCAGUGAUAUCGUUCGACAAAGUCAAAGCUUUCUGGAAUUCUCAGGUUCAUGAUGAGGAAAAGUGGAAUCUCAACAUGAAACUGCUUCGAGCUUCAGCACUCUUUGCAGGUUCCAUCAUUUUGAUGCGCCAGUAUGGUGAUCUCAUGGCUAUCUGAGGAGCCAUGGAUAUACAUUCUCAAGGUCACGUUUCCAGUUCAACGAGGACCUAAAAUCUCUGAUCACCUCCUUAUCUAAGCGUGAAAGAAAUCCCAUGUAAGAAGAUAGGUUAUUGUUUUGAUAUUGGAUUUCCUCAACAUCUCAUUUAUGGAGUCUAUUCUGCUGAUAGUCACCUUUCAUUCUAAUUUUUCGUUUUUAUCAGCUAUCUAUUACUUGAAUUCUUUUUUUGUACUAAUUAUUAUCAAUUAGCAGAUUGCUUUCAGUGCUGUAGGUGCAAAAGAGUUGGAAAGACUGCAACUAGAUUUAAAAACACGGGUGGAUUCGUAGUUUGUGGAAAUUCAUACUAGAUCGAAAA